AUGGCUCCGUUGAGCGACUUCGAGAUCAACCACCUCUCCAACCUCCCCGUUGUUGAGCCAGAUCUCCCAUCUCCCGUAGAGUCCGAGGAAAGUUUCGCCUGGAAAUCAACCAACGAAACACUGGUCCCUGGUAAAGAAGAAGGCUCCUCUGAGCUGGCACAAUCGAAAGAGGAGCCGAUUAUACGUACUGGAGAGGAUGUGUCGAAAUACUUGGUCGAUGUCCGCGACGAUGGGGACCCUGCCAUCACAUUUAGGUCCAUGGUUCUCGGCACCUUGUUUGCUGCACUGGGCGCUGCACUAUGCCAGAUCUAUAUUUUCAAACCGGAAAUAUCUGGGCCAGAAUAUUUCCACGGCGAUCCUGGGUUGAAGGAACACGAUUCCAUUCCAUCGGAUCCCUUCUUCACUUCAUCAAUCCUGGGGAGUUCCCAUGUUGUUGCAUCCCUCGUGGCCUCUACCGCAGCUGGAGGUAGUUCAGCAGUGAUGAACUUUGCUGUGCAACGGGCCGUUGAGCUGGCAGCGCUGGUGCAGCUCUACUACGAUACUCGAGUUAGCGCCAGUACUGCCGUCCUUGCCACGUUUUCAACGGCCUGCUUCGGUUACGGGAUAGUAGGGAUACUCCGCCCACUCAGCAUCUAUCCAAGCGAUAUGGUUUAUUGGGGGUGUCCGUAUUCCAAGGCGAGUGCUCGCGACAUCGUACUUCGUGCAAGGAUAUUAACCCAUAAAUCUCUAGCCCUUCAUUUUAACACGGCUGUCAAUACCAAGAAGAUCAAACUAUUCUGGACGGCGUUCACCGGAAUGUUCUUCUACGAAGUCAUACCCGCGUGGAUGUUUCCAACAUUGAAUGGCAUAAAUAUCGUAUGUCUUGCAUCCCAGCAUGCACCUGCCAAAACCGUAGAUUUCAUCACCCAUCUAUUUGGAGGCGCAAGUGGUAACGAAGGUCUUGGUCUCUUGAGCGUGAGCUUCGAUUGGCAGUAUAUAGGGGAGACGUUUAUGACGCUUCCCUUGGUUCAACAAGGUAUGCCGACACUUUCCGUUCCCCAGCCCGUUUACCUACGCCGUGGAUUUGGAUCAGCAAACUCUUGGAUUGGGUACAUCCUCUGCUACAUUGCCAUUAUGGCUAUCUACUAUUCUAAUACUUGGAAUUCGCUGGCGUUUCCUAUGCUGUCGUCAUCAAUUUUCUCCCCCAACGGUUCUAUAUAUCACCAAUCCGCAGUUUUCGGCCAUACCUUCGAGCUGAAUAAAACGGCGCUUGCGGAAGUUGGUCUUCCGGCGUUGACAGGUUCCAACGCUUGGAACAACCUCACGGGAAACUUGGCGAUUGGGGGUCUGGUCGCUCACGUCGUCCUCUUUUGGGGGCAUCACAUCACAGAUUCAGUAAAGUUGGCCCGAACGAAGAUGCAACCGGAUAGACACUAUCAGGCCAUGAUGAGAUAUAGCGAAGCACCGUUCUGGUGGUACUUGAUUCUCAUGGCAUUUGCAUUUUUUGCAGGGUUGAUCGUCGUCUUGAGGGGAGAAACAACAUUGCCUUGGUGGGCUUAUAUCUUUGCGUUAGUACUCGGAGCACUUGUAACCCCUUUCUCUACAAUCAUUGUAGCACGGAUGGGCAGUGGUGUCGCGACGAAGCAGUUGAUGAAAAUGGUUGCCGGGUCAAUUAACCCGGGAAAACCAGUGGCCAAUCUUUAUUUUUCGAUGUGGAGUCACGAUGUCGUCGCAUCGUCUAUCGGUCUAGCUGGAGAUAUGAAGAUGGGCCAAUAUUUGAAGAUCCCACCACGAGCAAUGUUUCUUACUCAGGUCUAUGGCACCAUUCUUGGCGCUGUGGUUAAUUAUGUCGUAAUGGUCUCUGUCGUUGAUGCUCAGCGUGAGACUCUCCUGGACCCUAUUGGCUCGAAUGUCUGGAGUGGGCAAGCAAUUCAAACCGCCAAUAGCGCUGCGAUCACGUAA